CAGGAAGCUAUACUAAUCCGAUGAGUUUAGCGGUUCAUCGUCCUCCAGCAUCAUCGUUCUUGUCAGGCGGCGCCACUGGCAGACCGUCGCCCAUCGUCAGUGGAGCUGGCAGCCGAAAGUCUCUCCCAAGUCCUGGAGGGGAAAGCGUCAGAUCGAAUUUCCCGUUUACUUCGGAAGAGGCACUAGGUUACUAUGUCAUCUUGGAUUUUGAACAAGUGGUGAAUAUCGAUUCAACGGCUUGUGU